GUUCAGUGUUGCUCUGCCUCCACUCAGUGCCACCUCCCUUUGGUAUGCCAACGUAGCAUAUGGUUCUGUUAACUUCAAGAGGCCCUAAUUCUCUUUCGGUAUGGCACAAACGGUCCUGUUUACUGUUUUCAUACUCGGAUUUUUCCAUUGGUUGCUCGCUAAUGCCGGGGACGAUCCCGCACCACAAGAAAAAGGAAUAAAGGAAUAUGCGAGAAUGUUACUUCGGAACAACAAUCUGGUCUUGAAAUGGGCUCCUGUCGAUCCUUUUAAAUAUCUUGGUGUUAAAUGCCUGUCUUCAUCUGUUGUUACGGCGAUUCAAGGAUUGGUCUCCCACCGUGUGUAUUUCCGAAUCUCCUUUGGGAUGGCUUGGGUGACAUGUGUUUAUCAACUAACAAUGAGAGUCAAGCAAAAAGGAAACGACAUUUUUCUCGUGAUAGCAGACAAUGCCAAGUACCUUCCCUUCGGCGUACAGAAAAACUAUACAAUUCUGCAUGCUGAAGAGACAUGCCUAAUAUUGCGGGACAACGGCAAUGCAACCGAAACUAAACAAGUCGUCACACUGCGAGAGCUGUCAAAUGGCACGAUGCUUAAUAGAACUGAGCAACCGAUUUGCUUACUGUGGGUGACUUCUAAUUCAACUGCGGAACAACAUACCAACUGCAAGUCGAAGUUAGAUGCACUCUGUAAACGGACAUCAUAUGAUUAUGCGGAAGACGACAGGAAAGUUUGCAGUAACAUUUCGGAGUUAAUGACAAACGUGCGGCAUGGAUGCAUAAUGAAUUUUACUUCUGGCGGUAACGAAUGACCUAAACGUCUUAAAACUUCGGUGCUCAACAUUGUGUUAAAUUUGUCGUGGUCAGGUUAACUGGUAUGUUUUCAUUGCUAAAGUAAUGCCCACAAUAAAAAUUAUGUGUAUAUUUUGUACUUUCUGGUACCAAUUUAUGGUAGAUCGACGCAGGAUAACGGGAGAUGUGACCACAUAGGAAGCGAAGUGAGCCUUGCACUCGGAUAUUCACUUUUGUCGGUCAAUAUUUCUACGGAAUUGAGAUUUUUCUGGAACUUGUAGUUUCGUCAUACCAAAUCAACCCAUAGUAACAAAACAGCUCG